UCGUUGUGUUUGUUAGUACAUCACAUUACUCUAUUUGUUGUUACAUUAUGUCAGCUUAUCAUACCUUAUUCUGUUUAUUUCUAUACCAUAUCAUAACUACUCUUACAUACUGUAAACUACCAAGUUCUGAUGGAAUUUGGUGCAUUAAUGUCGCUAAUAAAAAUGAAAGUAGAUGUUUAGAGUCAUUUUUUGGUGCAUUACUGCAGGCUAAUAAGAAAUGAAAGUAUAGAGUAAAAAUGUAGAAUAGAACAAACAAGUAGGGAGUAAGUAACCAACAGAAUUUGAAAAAAGAACACAACUCUUUCUCGAGCCCCUUGCCACCCUAACCGAGCUUUGAUUCUUCCUGUCCUCUUUCUCUCUCUCUCUCUCUGUCUGUCACCCCCUAUUCCUCCUACUUUCUCUCUCUUCUUUUCCCAUCAUCUUCUUCUUCUUCUCCUGUAUUUCUGCCAAGUAAAAAGAAAGAGAGAAAGGAGAAAGAAAUCCAACAAGACUUCAACUCUCUAAAUAUCCUCUGUUUUUUUUUUCUCUUCUUCUGUCAUUUAAGUUUUUGUAAAGUUUUCUUCUUUUCUAAUUUUAAAGCUUAGAUUUUGACAGAAAACCCAUUUUUAUUUUUGCAAAAUUAGGAAAGAAAAAUGAGUUUUUGGAGAACUUUUACAAGAAUGAGUUUGCUUCUCUUAAACCCCAGUUGAGUGAGAGAGAAAGACAAAAAGAAGAAAAACUCCAUUUUUGGAAGAACCUCAGAAAACCCUAAAACUUUCAUCUUUUUUACAUUUUAAUGAUAAAAAGAAGAAAAAAAGGACUAAAAUAUGCUGCACAUUCCUCCAAAAUUCCACCUUUUUGAUAUUUUUUCCUCUCUUUUAAAACCAUUAACCCACCAUUGUUUUUGUUAUUUUUUAAAAAUUGAAUUUGUGUAAAUUAGCAGGAAAAAGAGAGUGAGGAUGGGGUGUGUAGCAUCAAAACUGGAGGAAGAAGAAGAGGUGGUUGCAAUUUGUAGAGAGAGAAAGAAGUUGAUGAAGUUAGCUGUAGAGAGAAGGUAUGCAUUAGCAGAUGCACAUUGUAGGUACUGUCAUUCACUGUAUGCAGUUUCAGCUGCCAUUAAGCUGUUUGUAGCUAGACAUUCAACACCUUCUUCACCAUUUUUAAUUACUUUCCCACCUCCAAAUUGCUCUCCUUCAUCCCCAAACCCUCCACCAGAAGCCGAAAAGGUAAUCACAAACCCCAUGUUUCUGCAGCAGAACCACCCUUGUCAGCCUACAACCACCACCCAAGAAGCUCUCCCCUGCUGUGAAUCCCCCGUCUCUUCUUCGUCGUCUUCGGAGGAGAAUGGGGGAGAAAUGGAGGGGAGUGAGAGAAAGAGGAACGUUGAGACACAACAUCAACAUCAACAUCAACAUCAACAGCAACAGCAACAACAACAACAACAACAACAACAACAACAGCAGCAGCAGCAGCAACAACAGCAACAACCUUAUGGAUAUUACUACAUGAGCAAUAUGAGUAUGCCAAUGUCAAUGUCCAUGUCAAUGCCACCACCAAUGGGUUCCCCUCAGAGGGAUUAUGGUGCGUGGGAUUUCUUCAACCCCUUUUACGGGGUAAGAACAGAGGUUGUUGGGGUUGGUGGUGACGACGGUUUGAGGGUGGUGAGGGAGGAAGAAGGGAUACCUGAAUUGGAAGAGGACGGAGGAGUGCAGGAAGAUGGAGGGAGAAACCAAGGGAGUAACAUGGUGAGCAAUCACAAUGUAGUUGAACAGAAUGGUAGUUGCGGUGGCGGAAGCAAUGUGGAGCAUAUGAUGGGAGGUGGAGGUGGAGGUGGUGAUGUUGUUCAGGGAAUGGAAGGUGGUAAUGUGAGAGAGAAUGAAAAGGGACUAACAGUUAUUGACACACCAGUUAGAGGGAGAGAAUUAUUGGAUGCAUUGAGAGAUAUUGAGGAUCAUUUCAUCAGGGCUUAUGAUUCUGGCAAACAAGUUUCUAGAAUGCUUGAAGCUAACAAAAUGCAUAUGCAAUCUGGUCUUGAGGAAAUUAAAGAAAACUCAACAAAACUGAUUCAAGCUAUUACAUGGAAUCGAUCCAAUACAUUGCGGUCUUCAUCUUGUAAAAGUUUAGUGGCUUCUUCAAGCUCUAAGAACUCCACCACUUCGUGGACUGAGUAUAAGAAUGAUCUUUUCGACGACUAUGGUGGUAUGUCAGCUGGAAGCCAUUCACUGACCCUAGGAAGGCUGUAUGCUUGGGAAAAGAAGCUCUAUGAGGAGGUCAAGGCUGGCGAUGAUAUAAGAAAGAUGUAUGAAAGAAAAUGUGCACAUUUGAGAAACAAAGAUGCAAAAGGGGAUGACUCAUUAUCUGUUGAUAAGACCAGAGCAUCUGUGAAAGAUCUGUAUUCCCGAAUUUUGGUUGCCAUAAGACGAGCUGAGUCUAUCUCUGAGCAAAUUCAGAAGCUUUCAGAUGAAGAACUACAGCCACAGAUCCUUGAACUGUUGCAAGGUUUGACUCAGUCAUGGAAGAUAAUGAUGGAAUCCCAUGAAACCCAGAAUCACAUCAUCUUUGAAGUCAAGACUUUUGAGUGCCCAACAUAUGGAAAAUUCUGCAAUGACUCGCAUCGGCUUGCUACCCUACAGCUUGAGGCAGAGAUUCAGAAUUGGAGGGAAUGCUUCACAGAGUAUGUUGCUGCUCAAAGAUCUUAUGUUGAGACUCUUCAUGGAUGGUUAUCCAAGUUCAUUAUCCCAGAAGUUGAAUUUGGUUCUAAAACAAAGAGUUUCAAACCACCACCAUAUCGAGCAAAAGGUCCUCCAAUGUACAUGAUAUGCCGUGAUUGGCUAACUUCCAUGGAAAACUUACCUGAUAAGGCGGUUACAGUGGCAAUGAAAAGUUUUGUAAGGGAUGUAAGAGCGUUAUGGGUUCAACAAGGGGAGGAACAAGAGCAGAAGAGAAAAGUUGACAAAAUGGCUAAAGAACUAGAGAAGAAGAUGAUUGCAUAUCAGAAAGUCGAGGGGAGAAUUCAUGAGACUACUACUAAGCUUUUGGAGUAUAAACCUUCAGAAACAGAGGCAGAGAGUCAAGAAGAUGAUACCCAACAACAACAACAACAACAACAACAACAUGAAGCUGAAUAUUUAUCAGAAAAGAAAGAUGCAUUGGACAAUUUCAGAAAGCGAUUGGAGUUUGAGAAGGAGAAACAUCACAAUUACAUGGAAGAAACUCAAAGGAUUACUUUGAAUGGAUUCCAAACUGGAUUCUAUUUGAUUUUCGAUUCCAUGGUGCACUUCUCAAAGGCUUCACUGAAAAUGUACAAUGACUUGGUGAAUGACGGGCAAAAUUUGGACAAGGGUAACAUAGAAGAAGGUUCCUAUGCCAAUUAGCACCUAAAGUAAAAAUGGGGUGAAAAAGGCCUUGAGUAUUUUAAGCAAUCAAGGAUUCUAGAGUCAGUUUGUACAUUAGACUUGCAAUGAAGCAGCUCGCUGAGGUGCAGGUUUAGAGUGAUUAUUAGUAGUUAUUUGCCGUAGGAUUGUUUUAGUUUUUAUUGACAGGCGAAGGCGAAGGCGAAGGCGUGCCCACGAUUUUGCUGUUAGACCAAAGAAUUCCUGAUGCUCACUACAGUCACAUACAUCUCUUGUGGCCUAGUAAUUUUAGGUUGUUUGUAGAGCCAGGAAUUUUUAGGUGGGCAUUCUUUGUGUAUCUUUGGCGUUUUAGUACAAAUUGUCACCCAUCACUAUCUUAAUUAAACAAUGCAACCACCAUUUAUGUGACA